AGACUAGUAUGCAUGCACGCCGAAUGGCAAAGAUUUCCCCGGUCUGGAAUCUUGCCUCCAACUGCCACGCAGAAUUCUCACUUUGUCUCGUCAUUUUAUUUCAUUCCUCAAAGCCAACUGCAGCUCCUAUUUGAAAGACACACUCGCUUCUCAUAACAAUCGCCAAUACAUACUGUACCUCCUUGUCCGGACCCAAGACAACAAAGUGCCGAUACCUUUGUGCUAAUACCAAUACCUUCCCAAUACUAUCUAGCUAGCAUGAGGCAUUUGUUUGUUGCCUUUUUACUGACCACUGUGUGGGUAUCUGAAAGCCAUGGGUUUCAAAUUCCUCAAGUCUUUUCCUCUUCCAACAAGAAUAAGCAAAACAACAAGAACAAGCCCACUACUGUGACCAAGUACAUUGAUGGCGAUCGCAUGUUGGACAAGGUGGAAUAUUUACCCGAAAUUCUGGACAAGCAUCCGAUUAUUGACUCGGAGUUUGUCGAGCAUUUGCAAGUGAAAGAAGAUGCGUGUCUUCCCAACUGCGAACACGGAUGGUUCACGUCCGUCUAUAAAGGCGCCAAACUGCAUUAUCGGCGGUUUCUACCCAAAGGCAAAGUCAAGGGAAUUGUCGUGUGGAUGCACGGGAUUACGUCCUUUAGUGGCGUCGCCUUUGUCGAUGACGAUGGUCGCAAAAUCAACAUGGCAUUGCUCAGUGAGCAAAUUACAAAGCAAGGAUAUGCGUGUUAUGCCUUUGACAUGUACGGACAUGGAUACAGUGAAGGCAUUCGGCAUUAUGUGCGCAACUGGAAACACAAUCUCAAGGAUUACCAAAACUUUGUCGACUUGGUCGUACAGCAACAUUCCCCCGAUACGCCCUUGUUUCUCUGUGGAGAAUCGUACGGUGGUUGUCUCACACUGCAUCUCGCACAGCAUUUUCAAGACCACCCGGAAGAGCGUCCCGAAGGCUUUGAUUCCAUUCUCUUGUUGGCACCCGCCAUUCAAGCCGUCAUGCCUCCCCGGCAUGUCUACCUGACACUCCGUUAUGGGCUGGCACCACUCUUUCCACGAUGGAUUCCGUUCUUCAUGCCCCAUCCCGUGCAUCCCGAUCGCAUUUGGAGAGAUGCCAAAGUCCGGGCAUUGCACGAUGAUGAAAUUUCCCGCAAUGUCACACUGGGAGGUGGCGGCAAACCAUUUCGGUUAGGAACCGCCGCGUCCAUGUUGGAUGCGUUAAAGAUGGUCCGCAAGCAUGCCAUUCCACAACUCUCCGUGCCUUUUGGAGUCGUCCAUGGCGCUUCAGAUCAUGCCGUGCCCAUUGAAGGGACCGAGUUUCUCUUGGAGCAUGCUCAAACACCCGAGGAAGACCGGGACAUGUUGCGCCUGGAAGGAGCCUAUCAUGAUCUCUUGGCGGAUCCAGAUGCCGAAGCUACCGUGCAGUUUUGUACGCAAUGGAUACAGAAACGUCUCGACAAACGGAAUUCUUUGGCGGCAGACGCUGUCGAGAAGGAAGAACUGGCAUCCGAUGAUCAAGAAUGGUGGGAUACCCUGGAAGAUUUGACAUCCGUCCCCCGCACAGUUGACAGCAGCAGCAGGGCGAUGGAUACCCAGAAGAACAGCACUGUUGCGUUUGCUUAGUUAGGGCAAGAGCAAGCAAGAAGCACACACUGGAACCACACGACGACUCGACUCGCUCACAGGGGCAACCACCUGUUGGUUGCUUGUUCCAAAAGGCCAAUUUUGAAAAUCAUCCGGCUUUUUGAGCGAACGUACCGUACGUGUGUCGAUCCAGUCCAGGUGGUUAUGCUAGCUACAUGAGAAACUACAGCGAUAGCAUGAAAAGGCAGUACCAACGAACCCCCCACACACUUUUGUCAGCGCUAUACGCAAGGCUAUCAACCCACCCAUGCACGCUCACGAAUGAAAUAUCACCCACGGCCGUAGCCGUACAAAUGCCAAGAAAACGACCAACCUGCAGGCACCUAGCCGUCUUGUGUUUUUGUCGAUAACAUGCACAUUGAAUCUUUUACGUCAAGCAUUUUUUGAAAAAAGAACAAGCCACUAAUUUGAUUUUGAUUUUCCCCGCAAACUAGACAUACCCUUUUCAUACACCCUCUACUAGCAAUCUCUAUUCUAAAAUACGUUACGCAUGCAUCUCGGUACUGUAUUGACAUCACUACUCCCCAUUAUCUCUCUACUGAUGGAGAGUGUGUCGGCAUCCCCCUGGGUUCUGCGACGGAACCAGCAAGCUUUGUCUUGACGAUAUCCACCAGGCUGAUGACUGAUGAUACUCCCUACAUGUGGCUAUGACGGUGACCAACGCACAAAUGCCGACUCAUGCCCCGCUGGAUCCUGUGCCAAGGGACGUUACAACGGUACGGUGCAUCUACCCCUUGUGGAACUGUCUUUGGUGUUUGCGAUGCCCAAGAUUGUUGCGACGGCGCAGGAUCAUGCGCAUGACUACCGUACUCUGCAACCAAGUUCUCCGAACUCGGAUACGGCUGGGAUGCUCCCUUUGCUGUCUUCAAGUCGUGGCCUCCAAAGUCGUUGCCUUCGUUGGUCUUACGAGCACGCCUACCAGAGAAGGAAUGCCUCUCUGUGAUGGACAUGAUCACUCAAUUUUUACUAUCUAUAAUAUAAUAUCUACUUACGAGGAAUUCAAAAAUCUCCUAUGGAUCAAUCGUUUCCCAAGAGAUGACAAAACAAAUUGAACCCUACCAGCCCAU